GACCUCCCGCGUCCGCCUCGAGCCGUGGAAGAUGAGAAUCCGCCAUUCUAUUCCACUCAGAAAGCUCGAUAGGCCUGAGCUUUUACAGGUUAUCAGGCACUUCUCAUCACGUAAUCUUAUUACAACCGCGGAGCCCACAACCUCCCCUGCAAUCACAGGCGAGGCUCUGCGGGAAUGUGUGAUUUCUUCUCAGUGGCAAUUCAUCAAACAGGUUGUGCCCGAACUUACGCCCACCUUGGUCUCCUCCACCCUCUCAAAUCUCCGUUCAUCACCAGGCCACGUUCUCGAAUUCAUUCAAAAGCUCAGCCCCAAGUGUCUCGAUAUCGACUGCUAUUGCCUCGCCAUUUCAAUACUCUCUCGCCUUCCAUCACCACAUCAAGCAAUGCAGCUACUCAAGCAAGUAGUCAACUCUCGCACUGCGACGCAAAGAGAGAUUUUUGAUGGGUUAAUGAGUGCUCGAGAGAAGUUGGAGAUAAAGAGCACGAUAUCUUUGGAUUUUCUAGUGCGGGUGCAUUGUGAAUUGAAGAAAUGCGACGAGGCGUUGAAGUGCUUCUACUUGAUGAUAGAGAAGAGGAUUUUGCCCAAGGUUGAGACUUGUAAUGCAUUAUUGAGUUUGUUUUCCAAUUUGAAUAGGAUUCAAUCAGUGUGGGAUGUGUUUGGUCAGAUGUAUAGGUUGGGGAUUAAUUCAAAUCUCUGUACAUUUAACAUAAUGAUCAAUGUGUUGUGCAAAGAAGGGAACUUGAAGAAGGCUAGGAAGUUUGUUGAACAGAUGGAGGCUUUAGGAUUCAAGCCAAAUCUGAUAACUUUUAAUACUUUGAUAAAUGGGCAUUGUCAGAGGGGUGAUCUCAAAGGAGCAAGCAAACUUUUGGAGGCAAUGGAAGCUAAAGGGGUUAAACCAGAUUCCUAUACAUACAAUUCUCUGAUCACUGGGUUGACAAAGGAGGGGAAGGUUGAGAGGGCUUCUGUUCUUAUCAAGAAAAUGGAUGAAUCUGGCAUUGUCCCAACAGCCGUGACUUACAAUACUAUGAUUAAUGUAUACUGCAAUAAAGGGGAUCUAGAAAGGGCGUUUGCUAGUAAGGAUGGUAUGGUUAGGAGGGGUAUAAUGCCUACUGCAACUACCUAUAACUUGUUGAUUCAAGGUUUGAUUCUUGAAGGGACGGUAGCAGAAGCUGAUGAUUUAAUGAAAGAGAUGAGAGGAAAAGGGGUGGCUCCUGAUGUUAUUACAUAUAAUACAUUGAUCAACGGCCAUUCCAGGGCAGGGAAUGCAAAAAAGGCUUUAAGUGUCCAUGAUGAAAUGUUGAGCGGAGGUAUUGAACCUACACUUGUUACUUACACUUCACUUAUUUAUGUCUUGGGCAAGAGGAAUAGAAUGGGGGAGGCAGAUGAUUUGUUUGCGAAGAUGAUAAAGAGAGGAAUUUUGCCGGAUCUUAUAAUGUUCAAUGCGUUGAUUGAUGGCCACUGUGCUAAUGGAAAUGUGGAGCGUGCACUUUUUCUUUUGAAGGAGAUGGAUAGGAUGAAUGUUACUCCUGAUGAAGUUACCUACAAUACUUUAAUGCAUAGGUAUUGUAGGGAGGGUAAAGUUGAAGAAGCUUGUAAACUUCUUGAUGAGAUGAAAGGCCGAGGAAUCAAACCUGAUCACAUUAGUUAUAACACUCUAAUCAGUGGGUACAGUAGGAGAGGUGAUAUGGAGGAUGCAUUUAGAGUACGAGAUGUGAUGCUAGGUUUAGGAUUUAGCCCCACCCUUCUCACCUACAAUGCACUUAUACAAGGCUUAUGCAAAACCAAGCAAGGUAAUGCUGCUGAGGAACUUCUCAAAGAAAUGGUUAGUAAAGGCAUUACUCCUGAUGACAAUACAUAUCUUUCUUUAAUUGAAGGGAUUGGGGAUGUUAAUGCUUUCUUGGGGAAACAAGAUCCAUUAUGAAUAUCUUACAGUUUACCUGUUGUGAGAAGGUGAGCAAAUAUCUAAUGUGAAUGGUCAUUGAUGCCAAAAUACCAGAGCGUCUAUAGGUAUUGCCUUUAAUGAUUCUCACACCGGCUGCUUUUGCUAUCUCUAAGCAAGAUGCCUCGUGUAUUUGAAAGAUGGGGUAUACUAUAUCCAAAGGCAGUGGAGGUAAAGCAAGAUGAAACACUAAAGAGCUUCAAAUUGGUGGCCCUUCAAAUUAAGGCUAUCUUGUUCUUGCAUAUUUAAUGGCAAGGGUCCUUGUAGGACAGUACAGGGAACUCCAGCUUUGUUCAAGCACCAGAAGGAACACUGAUCAUCACAUCAUGUUUAAGUUUCAAAAAAAAAAAAAAGGACAUGUGCAGAAUAUAGGCAAUAGUAUUUAUCUUCAGCAUAAAGAUGGUAUCUUUUUAACAAAAGCCAUUUGGUUAUGCUAAGAAAUUUCUUCUACAAAUUGUAUUGCAUGACUUUGUCAUCACCAUGUUACACUGAUUUCAAAUAUUCAUAUUAUAAUUCAGGGCAAUGGCAAUCUCUAUUCAAUUUGAA